GACAAACUAUCUUUUGAGAAUAAACAAUCCAUAGAGGAUAGAUUGGUAGAAGAUAUAAAAGCUUUGAAAGAAGCAUCAAUUUUGAAAAAAGCUUUAAAAGAAAAAGAAAAUUUUGAAAAAACUGCCAAAGAACUUCUGAAUUUAAUAGCUAAAGAAGUUUUGGAAGCUACA